GACGCAGAGCCCUGAUGAGUCAUCGCGAGAGCGGCGUCCUGCGGCGCGGGAUGGCCACGGAGCCGGGUGGCGCUGUCCCGCGGCUCCCGGAGCCGGCUCUGGGGCCCAGAACAUGGCCCGGGGUCCCGGCCCGCUAGGGCGGCCUCGCCCCGACUCGGCCGCCAUGCCCAAGCGAGGGAAGCGACUCAAGUUCCGGGCCCACGACGCCUGCUCGGGUCGUGUGACCGUGGCGGAUUAUGCCAACUCGGACCCGGCCGUCGUGAGGUCCGGACGAGUCAAGAAAGCCGUCGCCAAUGCUGUUCAGCAGGAAGUAAAAUCUCUUUGCGGCUUGGAAGCCUCUCAGGUUCCCGCGGUGGAAGCUCUCUCUGGGGCUGGUGAGCCCUGCGAUGUCACGGACAGCAGUGACGAGAUGGAUGCGCAGGAGGAGAGCAUCCAUGAGAGACCCGUCUCCAGAAAAAAGAAGAGCAAGAGGCACAGAGAAGACCUGGAUGGGGCUGGGGGUGAAGAGUACCCCAUGGAUAUUUGGCUGUUGCUGGCCUCCUACAUUCGUCCUGAGGACAUUGUGAAUUUUUCCCUGAUUUGUAAGAAUGCCUGGACUGUCACUUGCACUGCUGCCUUUUGGACCAGGUUGUACCGAAGGCACUACACGCUGGAUGCCUCUCUGCCUUUGCGCCUGCGCCCAGAGUCCAUGGAGAAGCUGCGCUGCCUCCGGGCAUGUGUGAUCCGAUCUCUGUACCAUAUGUACGAGCCCUUCACUGCUCGAAUCUCCAAAAACCCAGCCAUUCCAGAAAGCACGCCCAGCACAUUGAAGAAUUCCAAAUGCUUACUUUUCUGGUGCCGAAAGAUUGUUGGGAGCAGACAGGAACCAAUGUGGGAAUUCAACUUCAAGUUUAAAAAACAGUCCCCUAGAUUAAAGAGCAAGUGCGUGGGAGGGUUGCAGCCUCCUGUUCAGUACCAAGAUGUUCACACCAACCCUGACCAUGACUGCUGCCUCCUGCAGGUCACCACCCUCAAUUUCAUCUUUAUUCCCAUUGUUAUGGGGAUGGUAUUCACCCUGUUUACGAUCAAUGUGAGCACGGACAUGCGGCAUCAUCGAGUGAGACUGGUGUUCCAAGAUACUCCUGUGCACGGCGGUCGGAAGCUGCGCAGUGAGCAGGGUGUGCAAGUGAUCCUGGACCCAGUGCACAGCGUUCGACUCUUUGACUGGUGGCACCCUCAGUACCCGUUCUCCCUGAGAGCGUAGUCCCUGUGUUCUGUCCUGUGGAAGGGGUGGCUGGAUUGUUUCUCUGGUUAGUGAUGCACAUACUCUUCAGGUUCCUGCGGCUCCUGCUGGGCGAGGGAGGAGGGUUGAAUCAAGAGGAAAAACAACCAUGACUUCUAAACAUAUUUUAAUGUAAGAGUUUCAUCUGAAAGGAGAAACGGGGCCCUAUUUUCUGUGUUAAACCACACUUGGUGCUAUUGAGUUUGUUGUUCUUUAUUCUUUUAUCCUGAUGAAAAUGGAUGAUCUUGCUCUAGGAAAAAAUUAGACUCUUGAAUCAAACAAGGAAGUUUAAGCAUUCCCUAUGGAUCAGAGGAACCUUAGAGGCAUAGAAUUGCUGCUACUGUUGCUUCCAAUUUAGCUGCCCCUCAAAUUCAAGUGAAUAUUCUCCCUUGACCCUUCUCCAGAAAUAAACCAGGUGACAGGGUUUUCAGAAUCUUAUAAGAUUGGCUUGUGUAUCUUUCUUUAAAAAUAAUUUUUGGCUAUUUAUCACAUAAAUAAUACUUUGCCAGUUUGGGAUUUUAGCUAUUUUUUUGCAUGAGGCUGAGAAUAGUAAUAGUAAUGACUGUGUCUUAGGUCCUGUACUAGGAACUUUAUGUAAUAUCUCUAAUUUCCACAGUCCUGCAAGGUAGGUGUUACUGCUCUCAUCCUGUGGUUGAGGAAACAGAAUCAGUGACGUAGGCAGGACUCCCACCCAGGACUCUCAGCUCUCCCACAGAAGGUUAUUCUUGGUUUUCUUGUGGUAGAUGGUGGCAAAGGGGAGUAGGCAGAGUGCACAUAGAAAAAGUCAAAGGUGAGUAAAAAUUUGAUUGUAUUUGUGUGCCUUAUCCCUAAUCAACCUGAAGUUGUAUAAAAUUGAUGAAAGAGUCUGUUAAAUAUGUUUUUAAGUAAAAUGUAAAACAAACCAGGAAAUUUAUUACAGGAAAGAUGGUGGUAUUUUCAUUGAAUUGUUAGAAAGGCAUUUCUUGUACUGAAGGUCAUUAAGAAAUACAUCCCCUGUCGAAACCGGGGUCCUGAACUACAGGCACGGUGACUCCUGCUCCGCCCGGGCGGCCUGGCACCGUGUCGUUCUUGCAGAAGCACCGUUGUCAGGUCGUGCUGUAGCUGGUGUGCUCUGAGGAGGGCAUCCUGACUGGGAUGCUUUUUUUGUUUUGUUUCGUUUUUGCUAACAAGAUAAUCUUGCUGCUUUUUGCCUCCUGCUCCCCUGCCACAUGAGGUGGAGAUUGCCAUGAGGUGGGUGUUAAGAUGAUACUCUUUAGACAGGAAAACCUUGUCACCAUACUGCUAAAUUAGUGUGUUGUUUUUUCCUUACCAUCCUCCCUGCCCCCUGCUAUUUAAGGACUGUUCUUAGGGAGCAUCUGCUGAAUACUUCUGCUGACAGCUAACCUUAGCCCACACCAAGGCUGGAAUUAAAGCUGUGCACACAAAAACAGAAUUGGGGCAUUUGAACGAUAAAAGCAAAACCCAAGACCGUAAGCACCUUGCACAUCUCUGUAAACAUUGCCCCUGAGGCAGAGAAGAGAAGCACAGAUCCCUGGUCCUGGAACUAAAGGGGGCUCUCCUGGUGGAUUUCAUGUCCCCCAUUUAGGAGUUCCUUUAAAAAGGGGAGUGAAAUGCAUUUGGCUAUUGUGUUCUGACAGCUGCUGAGGUUUUGUAUCAAGCUGUGGUAUGAUGAUUGACAAAACAGACGAUGCUUCAGCAUGGCGUUGACAAACACUUAACAUGGCUGAGUUGCCUUUUCUAGGGUGAUUGGUGUUUAUUAAUGAAAGGAUGUGAAGUGUCUCAGGGAUUUCCCUUUGAUGAGACCCCCCAAACCACCUAGAGAAGGUUUGAGACUACCUUUGUAAAACCUGUUUUGUAAUUUUCACUUCCUUAAAUAUAUACCUUGAUUUUUCUCUGA